AUGUAUUGGGCAACCGAUGGUGGAGAUGGUGGCGGUUUACGCCUCAAUUACUUUUGCUCAACUCUUCAUCGGCAGUCUAAGGUGUCCACAGAAGGAUUCAGUCAACUAAGCCGAUCAAGGAAACUGGAAAGUUAUAAUGUCUGGGCCGAACUGACCACCGAAGUAAUAAAUGGCAUAGUCUGUGUCUAUGAACCCGAUUCCGGACUAAGUUUUCGCUGCACUAUUUACAAUGUUUCUACCGGGCAGGGGAUGAGAGUUCCUGACCCCACACUUCAUAGUUAUUUUGAUAGACUGAAGAGUUUUCAUCUUGGGUACGAUGCCACAAGCAAGAUGUACAAAUUGUUGAGGUUUGUGUAUACUAAUCAGUUGCAAGCUGAGAUUAUGACCUUGAGACCCUCCAAUAUGUUAUCUAUAUGGAGGAAGUUGGAUACUGAUACAUGUGGUAUUAGUGAUUUUGUGGCCGCAGAUGUUUCUUCCUUAAGAGACGGUCUACAAUCGGGUGAUGGAUUCCUAUGGUGGUUAACAAAGCGAGAAUACUUGAUCUCUUUUGAUCUCAGCAAUGAGAAGUUCAAAUGGGUUCAGCUUCCAGAGGAUGUUAGAGGUGCUUUUCGAUCUGAUGUCUUUUCGACUCAAUCCAUGGGACGUCCAGCUAUCUGGGUUAUUCCUGAUGCAGAUGAUUCUAGAUAUUUUGUACUCUUUGUGUUUGAAAAUUGCGAGUCUAACACAUGGUCUAAGCAUUUUGUACAAUUUCCUGAAGAACUUGGCCCAGUAAAUUAUUGGAUUUGCAAUGUGGGGAACCUACCUACUGGUGAAAUCUUGCUGAUGAAUACGAGGGAGAAGUAUCAAGACUACUCCAAACCUGUAUAUUCUUAUGAUCAUCACACAAGAAAGUUUGAUCGAUAUUCAGUUGGAAAGCUUCCAGACAACAAUCCUCCAAUGUUUUUGCGUGGACACUUGGCGGGGUUUGAGUUGAGCUGUUCUGCAUUUCCAGUUGCAGUCCUACCUCAACGCCCUGCCCAGAGGUUUCUCAGAGCUUCACUGUUCAAGUUCUAUAGUACAUGCUAUGUUAGCACCCAAAUCUCAAUCCCAGACCCACCCAGCUCAGCUCACUAUGACCAACUGAUAAAUGAGGCAGGACGUGCCGGAGACUUUGGAGCUGUGCGAAUCCUCCUCAUGAAGCGGUUCCGUGAUGGUGGCUUCAACACUAGCAAGACUUUCAAGUUCAUCUCCUCUGACCUUACUGCACUAGAUGAUCUUCUGCAUAGCCUUGCUGGUCUCAACAAUGGAUUCCUCAAAAAGAGUUCACAUGACUCCCUCAUUAUGCGACUGUCUAAGUUGCAUCGCAUACCUGAAGCGCUACAUGUGGCAGAGGUGAUGGUCCGGAAUAACUAUGGUCCAAAUGCGUGUACAUUUCAUCCCAUACUGAUUUGUCUUACAAAGAAAAAAGAAAUGGACAAAGCUUGGCGUAUAUUGGAAGUAAUGAAAGAGUACAAAAUUGCACCUGAUCUGACUGCUUAUAAUUAUCUGCUAACGGCUUAUUGUCAUAGUGGUAAUAUCACCUCAGCGGCUUAUGUCCUGACUAAAAUGGAGGAAGGGAAGUUAGGGGCAGAUACCCGAACAUACGAUGCACUCGUGUUGGGUGCUUGUAGAGCUGGGAAGAUCGACGGUGCCUUGAUGCUGUUGAGAAGGAUGGUGGAUGAAGGUACAUCACCACUGUAUUCAACGCAUACUCACGUGAUCAAUGCAAUGGUGAGGAAUGGCUAUUGUUCACAAGCAAUGGACUUCGUGAUGAGUUUUGCUGGCAAAGACAAGGAGUUGGACUCUGAAAAUUUCGGGGUUUUGGCCACCCGUUUGAUUAGGUUGGAAAAGUUAGAGGAGGCUAAAUUCAUUCUCAAGGAGAUGAAAAGAAGAGGUAUAAAUACUGGAAAUAAAUUGAAGGACUUCUACUAUUUUCAUGCACCAAAUGAUUAG